GCUUCUCAGUGGGCAGUUUGAGAUAUAAAAAGAAUCAGCAGAACAUAAAAUUCAGGAUAUGAUAAAAGAGAAUACAAGAGUCAAUUUACAAUGAUAUUUUCUUUAAACGAGUUGGUGCACUGGCUGGGAUUAACAAUCUUCGAGAUAUGGAUAAAUUUGGUCUCGUUAACGAUCUUCACAGUUUUGUUGGCUCUCAAGUUGGAUGACAAUUAUUUCUUAGGCAAUCAAGGAUGGUGGAUAGUAUUUUCGCCGCUGUUCGUCGCGGAUGCUUUGAACACUUAUUUCUGCGCGAUCAUAUUCAUAAGAAUGCGCAUGGAAGGAAUGGUCAAGGCAGCGAUCCUUAGAGUAACAUGGAGUUUGACCUCGUUGCUUUCAAUAUUCGUCUUCAAGUAUCUUCUUUGUAAAAAAUUGUCAGGGCAAAGUCCUCUAGAAUACUCCGAAGUUUUGAGUCCCAUAUUCAUUCUUUUACAAUUAAUAGCGGUCCGAGCAUGUCAACUUCAUUGACUAAUAUUAGAUAUCAUUGCUCACGUAUCACGUGUACGACCCCAUCACUGAAUUCUUAUCGUAAACUCUAUUUUGUAUAUGUCUAAUGUGUUCAAGCUUGUAUUAUAUUUUUUACUUAUUGCUUUAUUUGCUACUGGACACAUUAUGAUAUAUAACAAACUUUCAGAGUUUAAUACGAUGUAUGUAAAUAUAACAUUGUAAUAAAAGAUGAUUUACUCGAUUAA